AUGGCCAGUGGUGACAAUCAAGGGGUUCCGAAACAUAUGACUUACACUCAAUCUGGAGUGCCUAUAGUUGGUGCUCUUAUAGAUUAUUUAACAACUAGCUAUGAAUAUUUCCGACGAAAAACUUUUACCCAAGCUGAGAGGUUACGCGCAGAGGCUUCUAGAGCAAGUUUAUCAGCGACUUUCUUGGCUGGAGUGUGCCUGUUAUUAGGACUGGUUUGCAAUGUUAAGUUUGAAGUUGUGACAUAUGAUGAAGAACCUUUGCCAAAUGAUCUGCAUUUUAUGUUGUUGAGCAGAGAUGAUAAGUUGUACAUAGAUGAUAUUGACCUUUCGAAAGUCAUGUGGUGCAUUGAAGCAUCUGAUACGCUUGUGAUUCUUAUAAGUUCUUUGCUGAUAUGGAACGCCUCUAAUGUGCGUUCUCCUCUAAGCGAAUAUCUCUUUCUGCCGUGGCUUGGAGCAACUUUACGAGGUUUAUUCUUGAGACAGGCGCCAACAGCCGGUGCUCUUAUAUACACCAUAGCAGUCAUCAAUGGAAAUGUCAAUCCAUUGUUCCUAACAACAUUUUCAUUUCUAUUUCUACUCGAAGCUCGUCUUUGGUUGGAAAUAGCGAGAUUAGUCCGCGUGCGGUGGGAGAGGAACCAUUUUGUUGGGACACCUGAGGCGCAUUACGAAGUAGAAACUCUAUGGAGUAACGAAGAUGUACAGAGUAUUGAAGUUGGCAACUUUGUAUACUGA